CCUUAAAAUCCUCUAUUGCCCUAAAUAGUCUUUCUUUAUUCCAAAUCUCCCUCCACAAAUUUUUAAGCAAAAUAUAAAACCCAGCAACAAAAAAAACAUUCUCUCUCUAAUCUCUCUUUCUCAUCAUGGCUUUUCUUCAAAAAAAAAUUCCAUUAAUUUUACACUUGUUGUUGUUCUUCCUCUGUUUUUUACAGUGUAAAGUGGCUAUUUCCAUGUCCAUUCAUGAUUUGCUAAAAUCUAAAGGAUUACCAGCAGGAUUACUUCCUAAAGAAGUGAAAUCUUAUAAUUUAUCAGAUUCUGGACUCCUUGAAGUUUUUCUUGAUGGUCCCUGUUUAGCUAAAUUUGAUACUAUGGCUUUAUAUGAUAGUGUUGUGAGAGCUAAUCUCACUUAUGGUUCACUUGGUGGUGUUGAAGGACUUUCUCAACAAGAGCUUUUUGUGUGGCUACCUGUUAAAGGAAUUAUUGUUGAUAAUCCUUCAUCUGGUCUUAUACUUUUUGAUAUUGGUUUGGCUCAUAAACAACUUUCUCUUUCACUUUUUGAAGAUCCUCCCAAUUGCAAACCAGAUGGCGUUUUGAAGAAGAAUGGUCGGAAGGAGAAGGGAUUUGAAGAUCAAUGAUAAUGUCCAUUUUGGAAAUUAUUAAAUGUCCAUAAUAAUUGUGGAUUUUGUUGGGUGGGGUAAGGGGGGGGGGGGCGUGGGGGUUAAGUACAAAUUACCAGGCUUGAUUAUAGGAUCCUUUUAGACUCUAAAAUGAGAUUUGGGGAUGCGGCUGUAAAGAUUUUGGGUUUAUAAAGUAUCUUUUUUCCUAUUUUUGCA